UCCACACCUUUUCAGAAUCUAGGCACCUUGUCUAAAAUCUCCUUCAAGACCCAAGGGCAGCCCUCCACGAGACGCUUGAAUCCAUCGGUUUUCCUGACGACACCAAGAACGUUAGGUGAAGCCAUGAAUCCAAGGCAAGCAUCCUUGAGCUGCGCGCAGUGGUGCUUCUCUGCGAAUUCCAGGGAAUCCACGACCGUCCCAACGCUAACGCUCUUGUACAGCUUGACCCCGCACAUCGCCCUCAGCCUGUCCACCCCGUAGCGAUCGGCAGCCACCAGCAGACGCCGCUGCAUUGCCGCGUCUUUGCCGAAUCCGGAGUCGUUCGGCAGGUGAUCCGUGUAGAUGAAGUGAAGAAGCGCCUUGAAUGUCGCGGGCUCCAUGUCGUCGUCGUCGUCGAUCUUGAUGCUCCGUGCAGCAGCUGGUCCGAGGAGCUCCGCCCUGAACACCGGCGACCGCGCCGCCAGCACGCACGCGUGGGCGCGGAACGGCUCGCCGCCGACGCUGAACUCCACAUCCGCGAUCUCGACGCCGUGCAACAUGCCGGCGAGGUGCUGGUGCAGGUUCGACGGCGGGACUGGGAUCGUGCUCACGUCUUCAGCGCGAGACUCGCUUAUGACGGUCAGCGAACACUCGAUCUUGAAGCUGUCGUUGCCAGUGAACCGAAUCCGGCGAAUUGCAUGUUCCUGCAGGUCAGAUUUCUUGACGAACCUGGCGAUCCUGCAGUCGCUGCCGGCUCGCUCGAAGUUAUGCGUCAAACCCGUAUCCGUUCAGUAGGGAUAAGCGGAAUCUCACCCUAAUUGGCAUGGCACCCGUCGUGGUGCCAACGAGAUGCAGAGAGGCGGAUACAUAGGGGUUGUUUGGAUGGUGAUCAUACUUUGCCACAACUUUGGCAAGCUACUUUGACCAAUUUAGCCUAGUGUUUGCUUGAUUGCCACAUCUUUGUCAUGCCACACUUUUUGAUUUUGUGACCCCACUUAUCAUAGGCACAUACAUUUGCCAACAUUUGCCUAACUUGUGGCCAAGAAUUUCUUAGCCACAUAAAUUGUGGCAUGCCACACCUUAGCUAUAGAAAUUUGGUAAACUGAAGCAAGCAUCCAAACAGCCCCGUAGCCUUCCUUUCUGUCGUUGUCCGUGAUGCCGUCGGGGUAGAAGCGGAGGUUCCAGUCGUAGCCGGCGACGGAGAAGGUGGUCGAGCUCACGAACUUGCCGACCCCCAUGCCUUCGAGCAGCGAGUAGCUCGUCACCUCCAAGUUGUGCGUCCCGGUGACGCUCGCCGUCAGGCAUCUCGACGAUGUCGAACUGCUAGCCAUGGGUGGCAUCGAAAGGAAAGGAACAGGCGGGCGGGUCAUAUCAUAUCGAACGCUUCCGGUGCGGGUAUUUAUGGACUAUUCGCAUUCUCGCACUACGUAUUAAUUCGAGAAUUCUUUACGUCGUUUAACCCGCCCAUAUUCCAAGCUAGUAGUAUGCGAAACAAAAAUGAAAGCUCCGUGCAUCGAUCCAAGUCAUCCAACUACCGCGCAUGCCGCUACGCGUGACGCAAAGCCAAGAGGAAAUAACUCCUCUAUAAAUCCUUUAGCUAGCUUUCUAAUCUGAUUCAUAUCUGACGUUGGAUGAACCCUAGGUCAACACUAUGUAGGUGUCACACCUCUAAAUCGUCAAGUGAGUCAAAUUGCAGCGGCUUUAAUAGUUGAGUGUUCAAAAUAUCCGGUAGUUUUUUAGGCAUACCACUUGUUAAGAGAGUAUAAGUGAACUUAUUCUAAGCCACGAAACGCAUGAUGGUGGGCCAAACCUGGUCUGGUGUUCACAUAUCUCAGCCUUUCAGCCCAUUAAAAUAGAAGCCCACGUAGAUUGAGCCCAUGUAAAUAGAAGCCCACGUGGAUAGAGCCCAAGCCCAUGUAAACGGAAGUGAAACCCUGGUCUGUCUUUCAUCUGCUUUCCCCCCUCCCAUCCCGGCCGCCGACUUCUUCUCCACGGCGGCGAACGCGCGCGACUCGCGCCGCUGCCCGCUGCUCCGGCGACCGGACGCGACUCCCCUUCUUCCACGAGCACCCACUUCACCGGCCGUCCUCGCCUCCUCCGACGACAGCGGCGGCUCGCCGGGUCCUCUCCUCCUCCGCCGCGGGGGGUCUCAUCCCGUUGCAGCUCUAUACCCUCCCUUAAACCCUACCCUUCGAUUCGCUUAAACCCUACCAGCUCGAUUCCGCAUUGUGCUCGCAAUCGCUCGCCGGGAGACAAACUCCGAUGGACUCCACCGCCGACGUUGGAGGUGAAGACGAGCAUGAAAUCGUCCAAGAGGAUUUAUAUCUCGAUGACGACGACGAGCAGUUCGAUGUUGAUCUCAAUGAAGACAAUGAGAUGGAGGAAGCGGAACCCAAACGGGAGCAAAAUUUGGUUAAGGUGGGGAUGGAGGCCUGGAACCAGUCAUUCGGAGCAACCUGUAAGGUCAGGCUAAUCCAUAUCCUUAAAAACCUCCACACCGCCGAGAUCAAAAUCUACUCCGACGCGUCGAGGGAGUUCAUUGAGCUAUUGGAUGGUGACCCUGAGGGUGAGGUGCUGCGGGAGUAUGUGCAGCAGUCGCCACGGCUCGUGGAGCUGGCUGAGGCAUGGCGAUUGCAUAGGGAGAAGCCAGGGAUGGCUUACAUACUUUCGCUCUUUGCUACUGUCUUAGGACACCCUGGCGGUAAGUUGCGGCGGCAUGGUUUGGUUAAGAAGAGCCUGGAUGGAGUUGCUAGGAUGAUACUGGAGGAUAAGGAGAAGAUGGGCGACGUGUAUCUGGAGCUGAACAGUGGUGAGUUCCGGAGGCAGAAUGCUGCGCUUGAUUUGCUGGCUGCAAUUGUUAGGCGUGGUGGAGGGUUGGCGUCGGAGAUUGCUAAGAGCUUUGAUUUCAAGAUGGCUGUUUUGCCGCAGCUCUCGGGGGUGCGGAAGAAGAGAGGUGGCAGAGAUGGGGGGAAUCGGAAGAAGGGAACUGAUUUCGGAUCCACAAGGCGAUCGUUUGUUGGGUUUGCCAUGUCAUUCUUGGAGGUUGGGAACCCGAGGAUGCUAAGAUGGAUCCUUCAACAAAGGGAGCUCUAUUCAGGGGUUCUUCGUGGGAUCGGAGACGAUGAUACUGAUACCAUUGUCUAUAUCCUCUCAACGUUGCGGAAUAAUGUCUUGGUAGAUGAGUCACUUGUCCCACCAGGGCUCCGGAGUGUCCUUUUUGGUAGUGCCACACUGGAACAACUGAGCUUGAUAUCUGGGAAUUUGGAUGCGGGGGAGGCAGCUGACAUUGCUCAUGAGGUGUUAAUCAUGGUGUGUACUGAUCCAAAAAAUGGACUGAUGCCAAGCUCAAACCUGAGAGGUAACCAGAAACGUCUGCUGGAUCUCAUGAAGAAGUUGAAAGCUACUGAGGUCGUUCACCACAAGAAUUUGUUGCUGGCUAUUGUGAGUAAGAGUUUGUCUCUUUGUUCAGCAUACAUGAAUGAAUUCCCUUACAGCAUUGAACCACGCCCAUCCUCCUCAUGGUUUUCUGCCAUAUCCCUAGCAGCGGACAUGAUAUCUUCAGUAAACUGUGAUGGCAUCUUUCAAAAUCUUUUGUCCACUUCACAUGAUCUGGUAUCUGUUGAUGAUGAGCAAGUGCAAGUACUGUUGAAGUGCAUUGUGCCCAAUAUGUGCACUCGAGCAGUGAUAAACAGGGGGCUUCUGCAUUCUGAUGAUCUUGUAAAGCACGGUGCUCUGAGACUUGUUUUUGAAUCAGUCAACCUUCUGUGCGAUGUAAUUGAAGUAAUCAAUGACAUAGUAUCAAAUGCUAGGGUAAAGUCAGAACACGAUAAUUCAACAAAAGUGACAGUCAAAAUAGACGGUUUUCCAGGAUUAAGCUGUUCUACUUCAGCAGAUGCAUCCAUUGUACAUGAGGUUCUACAUGGAGACAAAAUGCACGUCGAUAGGUGGAUAACUCUGAGAGAAUAUAUUCAAGAUGUAGUUCGUGGAGCUAUACCUGAUCCGCAGGUUCUUCUCAAGCUACUCUCUUCUGCUAGUCAGAAGCAUCAAAAUUAUUCUCAGAGUAAACAAAAGAAACAUGCACAGCUUGAGCCUCCUCGAAAGAAAAGGAGACGUGGAGCCACAGAUGAGGAUGCUGAUAUUAUUAUUGGCGGGAUUGAUGUUGAGUUGUCUAGGGAUGAGCCUGAAGAGCAAGAGAUGGACUUGGCAAAUGAUCAUACUACUAUUCUGUGUGAGAUAUGGGGUCUAAAUAAGCAAGAUCCGAAGAUCAAAGAUGCAAAAGUGGUUGGAGAUGUUUUCCACUCAAAGUUGCUUGAUGUUCUCAGGUUCUAUCUGAGGGUAAUGCCUAGCUCUUUUGAUGGAUCAUUUGACUUCUUCAAGGUUAUGCCGCCUAAUCCUUUGGAUCUGUCCAUGGAUGAACAGCAGUCCCUUUUAUCUCUUUUAGUUGAGUAUUCAGGUCAAUCUGAUGGAUAUUGGUGCCCAGAAAAAGUUCCAGAAUCUAUGUACAAGUAUUUGCAACCUCUGAUUGACAUUAUGUUGCAUUCGCAAGUUAAGAGCAUCCGUGAUAAAGCAUAUAUUUUAGUUAAAGCUGCUGUGGCGAGUUCUGGCGCUUUUGAUCAGAACAUUGCAGAGAUUGAUGCAUGGUUGGCUUUCUUGCCGUGUUACAAGGCCAAAGGUUUUGAAAGAGAGGGCUUAGGAGUUGAAGCAUCUAAUAGACUGUCACACAUUGUGAUCCCUUUCCUUUGUGAUGCCAUUUCAGUAGUUGGGAACAAUCUGUACAAAUACCAAGAGCAUAUCCGUAAGCUUAUCUCUAAAUUUAACCAGUUUGAAGGCUAUUCUCCAUCUUUCAGUCCUUUGAUUGUUUGUGUUCUCCAGAAAUGUCUUAGGCUACUAGACUCGGAGUCUGCAAGUGUGAAAUUACAUGAGAAGUCUACAAUUUCAUUAUAUGUGUGCAACACAGUCUACCUUAUUAUGCAGUCACAGGUAGAUGUGCUUUUAUUGCCUGAUCUUGUAGGCACCAUCCUAAAUGAGAGACUCGGUAAAUUUUCAUCAGAGGAAAUAAAUUCUAGGAUUUGUUUUGCUGAAUGGAGGCCACUGAUGUAUUUGUUGCAUAUCUUGAGGAGUAUUUCUGACCAAAAGAGUUCUAGUUUGUUCAGCACCCUUGAGCAUUCGUCUGAAGUUUAUGGAAAUUCUUUGUGUUCUGUAACUAGAACAAUUGAGGAAAUGUCAAAUCAGCAACCCACCAAUUUACCAGAUGAUGUAGCAACAUCAUUCUUAUAUUCAGUCAUAUGUGCACCACCAGAUGAUGUUAUCAGUAGCUUUCCGAAGCUUCUUCAUGUUCUGAAGACACAUUUUCCUUCUAAUUUGCCGUUCUUGUCAUCAGUUCUUUUUCUGCAACAUGAUUAUCUAGCUAAGGUUGCUAGUUAUUGCCCAGACAUGUUCUUCAGCAGUCUCAGGCAGAUCAAGGGAAAUCUUGAUGUUGAUAGUGUCAAUAUUGUUGAGGACAAAUGGGGAAAGCACUCAACUUGUUCAGAAUCAGCUGUGAUAAGUACUUUUCUAAAUGUGACUCCAUUUUGUGCACUCUUACCAUCAGUAUUAAGCCUCGCAUUUUCAGCACCAGAUGAAAUCACAAAGGCACAUCCAUUACUUCAAGAUGAGCUUGUACAUCUUCUUCAAGCUAAGAUUUCUGAAAGCCCAUUAAGUGAGUUGACAAUUUUCUUGAGAGUCGUCUUAUUUUGGAGCCAUCACUUGCUGUCAUCAUACACUGUGAAGUGUUCAGAUAUUCUUGCACAGUUGUGUGGUGUUUGCUUCUCUCUUAUUGACAGCAUCUUCGAGCGCAUUCGAGUUUUGACUGCUGAUACUGCUAACUCAAAAUCUUCAGUGGCAUUCUAUCCAGUUGAAUGUCUUAAUGGCAUUGUUGAGUCUGUUGUCCAGCAUCCUAUAAUUGGCCUGUCUUUGUCAUGCUCUUUAUCCAAUUUUCAAGACUUAGCAGAUGGGAGUGUGGAAUAUGUGAAAGAAGAUUUUGCUAGUUUUUCUAAGGAAAAGCUACACCUUGCUGAUAGUUUUGUUUUAAAUCUUCUGAGUAAUCUAUAUGGCCUUGUAUUAUUAGCUGGUAGUUUUGGAGCUAACUACUCUAAUAAUGAUGAUCAAUCCCUUGAGUCACUGUUUGGCCCUCCGAAGCUACUGCUUGAGAGAAUACUACUGUUGUUCAAGGAGAAGUUUGAACUCUGCAUGGAGAAAAGGAACUUUGGACUGUUUUUGCCAAAUUUUUACAUGUUCCGUACACUGGCAAAAUUUGUAUCUCCUGUCAGACUCCUGGAACUUGCAAACUGGAUGUUCUCAACGUUUGAAGGUUUCAGUUCCAGUUCACCUGCAUAUGCUCCCGCUGCAUUUUGUUGUCUAUACACUGCCGAUAUUGCCUUCGAAAUGCUAUAUGACUAUUUACAACAAAUUGAUCAGAGAUCAGGACCCUGUCGAUUAUGGGGCUUGGAGAUUCAUAAUUGUGAUAUUGCCACCAUUCAGCAAGUUUAUAAUAUCAUUCUUCAUUUUGCUACUAAAUUGAAUCUUGAAUUUGCUGAUCUUUGCUUGCUGAAGAUGUUAAUUCGUAUCCACCAUACAGAAAUAUCUGCAGUUAGGAACACUGAUUAUAUUGCAUUACACAUGAUGUUAUCGACAAUGGUGGCCAACACUCCCAUUGACAUUCUUCAUCACUGCAUGUUUCCCACAUCUAAGGUUAAAGCUAAAGCUAUACAGUUGCUUUUGGGAGCAAAUCCUAUGCACAUGCGCCUUUUUGGAAAAUUGCUCACGGAUAUUCUGAAAAAAGACACUUCUGUUAUGCAAGUCGUGGGUUCCGAUUCUAAUGCUUCAUGGACUCAUGAGGAUAGUUUUAUACUUUUGUUGCCUGCUGCCUUAUCAUACAUAGAGCAUCAUAGUGGUGGCAAUAGACAGUGUGUUGACUUCCUUGAGCCAGUUCCAGUCUUCUAUCGUGAAAUUCUUUUGAGUGAUAAUGGCUUUCCAUGUUGGAAAAGUUUUGUUACUAGAAGUAUUUUUGAGGAAGAUUUUAGUGACUUUAGACACACAUCAGUUGAAGAUAUAAUGAAUUAUUUCGGUGACACUCUCUUGGGGAAGUCAAUAACUAUGCUAUGCUAUUAUUUCUAUUCGAAAGAGAUACCUCGGAAGCAACGAUUAAAGAUAAUUGCUUCAAUUUGCCCACAAUCAUCUGAGCUCUUAGAUUCUGACAUCAGUUUUGUUACUCCUGUUUCAUGCAACGGUAUUAUGAAGCUUACUAAUGAGUUAUUUGCAAAGAUAUCACUGAUUAGGAUGUUGUUAUCUCCUCCUAGAGGAUCGUUGAACAAUGAAAUAGCCCCAGAGAAGGAGUCCAAGCGAGUCAACAAUGCAAAGCUGAGUUUUAUAAGCAUAUUGGUCAGAACGUUGGAUAAAAUAUUCAGGAAUUUCCCUCAUAGUGAUGGCAUCUUACUUUCCUCUCCUGAGGAACAAAAUGUCGUCAGUUGUUUGGAGUAUGCAAUCCUCAAGAACAUUGUUGAGUUGUCUUCGGAGGUUCAGUCACAUCUGAACCAGUUGAAGCCAAUACCUUUCCUCAACCAAUUGAUCAGAUCAUCCCUCUUACAUAGAUUCAGUGAUCCUGUUGUAAUAAAAGCAAUCCGAUGCAUAAUUGUUGUAUUAUCUGAAGGGAAGUUUCCUGCUGAUGAAAUUCUUGAACUCAUACUGGGUCACUCCCAUUUUGUGUCGACAAUAACCUGCAGUGGAGUUUCCGAGUGCCCAUCUGCUUGUAAUCCCACUGGGGGCCUGCUUCAGCCAGCACCAAGUAUUUUAAAAUCAGUUGAUUCUGCUUUUGCAAAAGAAAACAAGUUCCAAGACUGCAUUCCAGAAAGGAAGAAAGUAGAAAUCAUCAGGUUACUCAGGGUACUGUAUGAUAUUAAGAGUAGGCAACAUAACAGUAGCCUAUUGGAUGAAUCAAGGGAGCUUGGUUUCUUGCUUUUAUCUGUUUAUGGUGCAACUCUUAGUGAAACAGAUCUAGAGAUACUUCACCUUAUGAAUGAGAUAGAGUCAUCUGAGUGCAAAGCCAUUACUGAUGUGGAUCAUCUUUGGGGAAAGGCAGCUGUGAAAUUUAGAGAAGAACUGAAGCUAGAAUUUUCAGCAUCUGAUACGCACAAAAUGGAAAAUGCGGAAAUUAGUGAUAGGCGAAGGUCGCUAUUCCGCGAGAACAUACCCAUUGAUUCUAAGCUCUGUGUCAUGACUGUCUUACAAUUUUGCUAUAGGAGAUCUUCAAGAGCUUCUAUUUUUUCACUGGAACAGCUUCAGCAAGAUAAUUUUGGCGAUAUUUUCAAGGCAACAUCUCAAAGCAUGGAUGCGGUUCGGAUUUAUGAUCCUGUGUUUAUCUUGCACUUCUCAAUCCAUACUCUUCUGAUGGGCUAUAUUGAACCUGUUGAAUUUUCCCGACUAGGGCUACUUGCAAUAACAUUAGUUAGCAUAUCAUCUCCCGAUGAAGACUUAAGGAAGCUGGGUUAUGAAUCUCUAGGAACAUUCAAAAAAUCAUUGGAGGCUUCUCAGAAAAGCAAGGAAACAUGGCAGCUCCAGCUUCUUUUGACAUAUCUACAGAAUGGGAUAUCUGAACAAUGGCAGAGGAUACCUUCUGUUAUUGCUAUUUUUGCCGCAGAAGCAUCUUUGACACUACUUGAUAGCUCUCAUACUCAGUUUGCUACAAUUAGUAAGUUUUUGAUGCAUUCUGCCUCUGUCAACCUUCAGAGCAUUCCAUUAUUUCCAGCAUUGUUUAGGAGUAAUGCUGUGCAUUUCAAAUCUGACCGCUUGUGGAUGCUUCAGUUGUUAUAUGCUGGAUCAAACCUAGCAGAUGAUGCUAAGAUAUACAAAAGAGGAGGUGUUUUAGAGCUUGCUCUUUCCUAUGGUUCUUCGGCUGUUUCAGAUUCUGAAACAAAGCUUUUAACCCUCCAGGUGCUAAAGAAGUGUGUAAAACUUCCCGUUCUGGCUCAUCAUUUAACAAAAGACUCUGGCCUUCUGUUGUGGUUAUCCUCUGUAAUCUCAUCUCAUGUCGAAGGGCUGGACAGUGUAAAAAACUCCUAUUCUUCUACAGUAAUUGGGUCAGCGUUGGAGGUAGUGAAUGAUUUGACAUCAUCAAGAUUAAUUGCAGAAUGGCUCCAAGAAACCGCCCUUGAGCAACUCUCAAGAAUAUCUAAAUACCUUUAUGUCCUUGUUGAAGAUAUGAAAUUGUUGAAAGGAAAUGUUCCAUUGCUAACUUCAGUGCUAAAUGUGAUUGCAUCAACGAUGAGGUUGUCUAUGAAAAGGAAGAUUUACCAACCACAUUUCUCUUUAUCCCUCCAUGGCAUACAUAAAUUGUGCCGAACUAUUGGUGGCAUCUCAAGAAGCAUAGAAGUUAAGCUUGCAAUGCAACUUGGCAUUGAUGUCAUUCUUAUGAAUGGUCCUCUGCCAGUUUUGUCUGAAAUGGAUAAGUCGAUGACAGCAACUGUUGUUUCAUGGGCAACUUCUAACAUCUUCUGGUUGUGUGAUGAACAAAGAUCUGUACUGAAAAUGCCACAUGAAGAGCCACUAAAAAACGAGUGCCUACUUUCUAAGAUGCUGCGCUGGUUAGUGGCUUCCAUAAUUCUUGGGAAAAUCUCCUGCAUCUCUCAUGAAAAGUGUGGAGACCUUACAAGGGAUGCCAACAAUUUUGGAUCUCUUGAAUCUUUCUUGAACUAUACAUAUGAUGAAAAGGUUGAAACUGUUGGCAGUCACAGUGCAGAUGAGGCACUAGCUAUAAUUAUACUGUACCUGCAAAAACAUCUGAAAAUGAACCGAGAUUUUUUGCCAUCUGUGGUGGCUGCUCUUUGCUUGUUGCUUCUUGACAGAUCCAAUAAACAAGCAGUUAUCAGAAACUUCAUUGGCGAUUAUGGACAAAUCGAAAUGCUGUGCUCACAGAUACAAUGUCCGGCUGAAGCUAAUCCUGCAUGGAGAUGGCAUUAUUAUCAACCUUGGAAGGAUCCUGCUAUGCAUCGCAAUGAGGCAGAGCACCUAGAAGAAGAGCAGGCCUGCCAAAGCCUCCUGGUUAUGUUUUCUAACAGCUUCAGUGCUGGGCUUUCAGGUUUUCCUGUGUUGUCACUUGGUGAUGUUGAGAAGUCUGGCCUAUUUCAGUGGGAAAGACAUUCCAUACUUAAAUAGACGUAAACUUCAGUUUGCUGAAGUUGAAACGGUUCUUUAAUUUCCCAGAGCCCAAUGGCAAUCAACUGACCAACUGACUGAACGGUUACGCUAGGAGGACUUGGUGUGUUUGCGUAACUCAAAACAGAAAUUGGGAUAAUGAUUUAUUUCAUCAGUCAUCACUACAGGACUCUAUAUGAUGAUGUGGUUCAGGGAAUCCAGGUCGAUAAAUGCCUGGAAAGAUUUCCAACUCUCAGUUUUGAAGCAAGCAUCUGCCAAUACGAACCUAACAUUGGUAUUUGCUGCAUAACUGACCUGUGUAUACAUAUAUAAUCAAAAGAACGCCUGGUCCUCAAUUGGAUCGUAAAGGUUGAUUGUGCCUUUUUUUUUCUUCCUUCUAUAAACGGCUGAGUAUACCUGUACCGAGCUCAUCAAUGCAAUCGAUCUCUUAAUUUGUGACAAGGACAUCCAUUAUUAUUGCUCACUAUCUCUUGCAUUAGUCA